UGUAUCAAUAAAAAAUUAAAAACUGCAAAUCGAACAGUACUUUGCAAAGAACUAUUGAGGAAGCGUCAUCGGUUUUUUCAAAAUGAUCUAGCGAUCUAGUAAUUCCUGCGCUUCGGAAUAACGAAAAUGUCGUACAGCGUUCCCAGCACGCCCGCACCGAACAGCUCCUCCGCAACCCGCAUCCCAGUUCCCUUCGAACGUGCCCAACCCGGCGAUGCCGCCCGCUCGCCCCGCAGCCCCAACGGGCCCCUCGGCCACGACCCGCCAGACCCCAACGCUCCCUUUCCCGAACACGCCAGCGUCCUGCAGCUUCUGGUCCUAGCGUUGAAGACCCCCGACUAUGGGGUCGUCAACUUCCGGAGCCUGUACUGCCUCCUCGAGUACCUGAUCAACCGCCUGGAUAUCGGGCAGGACCGGGUGGACCUUACCGAACGCCCCUCCCGCGAACUCAUCCGCGAAGCCGUGCGCUGGAUGCCGGAGUUCCCGGGGUCCGAACGGACGGGUAAGGAUGUGGUGGAUUUCCGCAGUGAUCAGCGCAUUGCGACGCUGGAGCACCGGGUCUCGACGCUGCGUCUGCAGAUGGAAGCGUUCCAUGAGCUGCCGACGACGGACCGGUUGAGUGAACGGAUGGCGGAGAAGACGGGGGAAGCGGGGCGAACCAGUAGUCCGUUAAUCGAAGCCUGGCAGGUGGCGCAGUUAUCCAAGCGAAUGGAUGCGGCGGAGCAGUCGCUGGAGAAGGCGUUCAGUGUGAUGGAUGAGUUGUUGGAUGGGGUGAAUAAAGUAAAGAAGCUGAAGCAUUCGCUGAUGCGGUAUAUUCAGCGCUGGAUGUUCAAUCCUGAUGCAGCGUUUCAGCAGGCGCUCAACGGUGAAGCUUUCGGUGAUGACGAUGAAGAGGAAGAUCUGGCCGUACCGAACAAAUUCCCAUUUGUGACGUGGCCCGCAUUGCGAGAGGUCCUGAUCAAUCGCCAAGCUGAGAACGACGCCGAGGCAUCACCGCUUUCCGCUGUUCUCGAAGCCUUCGCGCCGUUGGUAACGAUACCCGAAAACGGCGAUGAACCGCGAACGGCAGACGCGGAGAGACGAUCCACUUCAUCUGGAAGAGCCAGUUCGGUUCCUGCCCGAGAACGCAGCCGCAGCGUGUCGUUUCCGAAAGACGCAAGGGACCUGGCAACUACCGCGGAGACCGAAACGGAGAAACGCCGGUCUACCAAAGCGCUGGACGCAGCUCGCGAUACAACCAGAGAAAGCGUGUCUCCUUUACAUUCUCCGGAUCAUUCGUCACCCGGUUCCUCGCCCCGUUCGACUUCGCGCGCGCUCAGCCUGCGCGAGUCGCUGGAUGUCCCAUCGUUCAUCGCGCCGCCCGACGGCGAAGUCCUGCAUUCGUUAACCAAGAUCGGGAAUCUCCUGAAAUGGAGUAAACGUGUCGAAGCACGGCUGAACCGGUUAGAAGCGUAUCUCGGCAAUGUAGCAAACAAGGAUGAAUUUCGAAGAAUCGCGGAUGAUUUGGAUGAAGUCCGUAAAUCCAUCGCCCCGCUGAGCGAAUGGGUCAGCGAAUGGGGGCCCAGCCAUAUCGGCGCCGAACUGAUCCCAGCGCAAAUCGCAAAUACCGGCUUACAAACCACUGCAGGCAGUGCGCUCCCCGACCAAACGGUAAAGGUCACGGAGGGCGGUGGUUCGCGACCGGUGUCACCGCUCUUUGACACGGAUGACCAACGCCCCAGUGCGGAGACCCAGGCGUUGCACGCCCAGAUGCGAGAGCUCAACGCCGCCAACGAAGCACAGAAGCGAUUGCUGGCCGAACUGCAGAGUCGCGCUAGUAUCAUGGCAGCGGAGCUAGCAGCCGUUAGUAAGGCGGUGAAAGAGCAAGCGGCGAAAUUGCCGGCCGCGCCGUCACGGAUUGCCAUCCAGCCGAAACUCAGCUUGCCCAAGACGGAAAAAUCGCCGUGUACACAAGGACCCAGUCAAAGCCAGUUCGACAUUUUCUGUCGUGCCUGCGCGGAAAACUUCCAGAUGGUGGAGCUGCGGUUGGCGGAACUGGAGAAUACGGUGGACCACCACGCAGAUCGCUUGCAAAACCUCAACGAAUUAAUCAGCCGAUUGGACCGCAUUAAAGCGGAUAUUGACCAAGUGGCUGGUAUGAUUUCUCCGAAAGCUGACGCGGCAGAAGUGCGGAAUAAAGUUGACCGGCACCAGUUCAUGGAAGUGGCCAAUAUCUUGCAGCAGAAGCUACUGGAUAUGAAGGACGACUUGAAGCUACAGGCGGAAGCCAUGGACAGUUCCCUCGGCCAGUUAGACUACCGCAUCAACAACGAGAUGAAUAACGAGUCGCACGAGCAGCUGCUGGAGCAGACCAACCGGAACAUCCAGCUAGUGCAUAACCGCGUCAUCCAACUGGAAGGACUGUUACAUGUGGAUUCGGCUGCCGGAGCUAAACGACCGUUUGGCGCCUACAAAUGUGUAUCAUGCGACAAACCAGUAGAUCCGCAUCCUAGCAGUCGGACGUCCGGCUGGCCGCACGCCUACAUCACCGACUCCAUCCGGCCGCAUCUGGAGAUGAUGAAGUACCGCGCCAUCCAGUCCGGCGACGCCAGUGACGCACAGAAACUGCGGGAAGCCAAAUUCCGCAACCUGGCUGUGGCCAAACAGCUGCAGCGGCAUAUGCGUGAACAGGAGUGCCUGGAGUUCAAACAGGCGGCCAACCAUUACGGUGAUACGAAGUUCCCUCACUGUGAUCACCAGGUGGCACGGCCGGUCGGCGGUAGAGUGAUCGGGCAGCUGCGCUCCAAGAGCGACCAAAUAUCGGACCGCAAUCCACGCAAAUAUAUCGAAGACCGACUGGACAGUUUCAUCAAGAAGAACAACCUGGCGAUACAGUAUCCGAAAAGCGCCAGAUUUCGUCGUUCGUAUCCGGCGACGGAUAUCCCCGGCUAUCCCGAUAUGAACAUCCGCUCCGUUGCUCAGACCAACCAGCCAGCGCUUCCGCCGGUUAAUAACGAACCCGUGACCUUACAACCCGGCAUGCUUCCACCGAAAUCUUCGAUUCCAAGCGCUCCGGAAAAGAACCAGCUGUUCAAUGAAAUCAAGGAAGCGGUGCGGGUCUCACCGAUUCCCGAGGACGCCCGGAUCCCGGAGGUUACGAAUGCUGCGGCGAUGCGAAAAACACUAACGGCGGAACAAAAUCUUCAAGCGGUCGAUGUGGAGAUGGUCCGGAUAAAGAUCGAACCGCAAUCGGUGGCGACGGCAGUCGUUCAUCCAGCCGAAACGGAAAAUAGUGUAGUUGUAACGCCAGUGCAAAAUCAAGAUGUGGCAAAUGCUGCCGGAACUGUUGAACCAGAGGUUAUGUUGAAUCCAGAAAAUUCUUAAUGCUGUCCUAAUUUAUUACUUUGUUAUUGUGUUGCUUGGUUUUUACGUCAUUUUAACCUGUAUGUGUUAUCAAAUUUGGUGGAAAUAAAAUAACACAGUAAAUAUUUGCACGUAUUCCAUGAGUAAUAAAACUGGUGAUCGUCCUCGCACACCUGACAGCGCCUCGAUUAAAUCGCGUUCCCGUAAUUCGCACCAUGAACCGAGUUCGCUCACCCUGUCGUACACAGACCUGCCCGGGAUGCGGGAUUCGUUCGAGACGGAUGAAGACAAAUUUCGGACGGUGUUCGAUGUGGGCGGUAAUCAAAGCGCCAAUCCCGGAGAAGAACAGCUGCAAGCGCUACGAGCACGCGCCAUGGCGAAACUGGACGCCGCACCACCCAGCGAACGCUCGCGUGGCUCCAUAAUGAAACCGAAUAGUACUAAGGUCAACGGUAUAGAAGACGUAAUUGUAGCGAAAAACGGGGACGCGUAUUUGGCUGCCCCGGGAGAUUUCGGUGGCGGACGAAAUGGGUAUGGCGAACGCCAGAGAUCGAUGGAAACGAAUAACAGGUUCACACACCGUAAUACUCUGCAUUUUCCAUCAGCUGGAGCAGGACAUCCGAUCCGUAUUACUCCAAAGUCGUCACCGAACAAUCGAUCACAACCGAGAAGAGUCCGGAUGGCGUUACCCGCACCAAGCGUUCCGUCACCUGCCGAACAUGCGACAUACCCAGUGCUGACCUUUCCGGGCAA